AUGGACUACGCAUAUAGGGUCUUGAAGAAUGUAAAGUAUUUCUACAAUACCAUUAAUCCGGCAACACUUUCAGGUGCCAUCGAUGUGAUCGUAGUGGAGCAGCCUGAUGGCGAAUUCAAGUCCACUCCUUUUCACGUGAGGUUUGGGAAGUAUGGCGUCUUCAGUCAUAGUGACAAGUACGUCGAUAUUCAAAUCAACGGUGAAGAAAUCGAUUUGAAAAUGAAGCUGGGUGAAAGUGGUGUUGCUUUUUUUGUGGAGGAAGCGGAUCCUCAACACACACCCUCGUAUAUGCUCACAUCUCCUCUCCCCGAACCAGGAAGUCCUACAGCGCAAUCUACUGAUCAAGUUCUCACUGAAAGUGCAAAAAUCCUGGGCGAGAAGAGUACUGGUGCGGAAACUGAUCGAAAAUUAGCCGCAGUAAGAGAUGCUUGUCCUGAACCAGUUGGAAAGAAGGAUUUGCAGGAGCCAAAGCAGGAGUUAUCAACAAAGCCACUACGGCAUUCUCAAUCGCAAGCAUUCGACAAGUCUUUAAAGCGUGAAAGGUCGGUGGGCAGUGUCGCUGUGGCCACAAAGGCUCCAACCCAACGACGAAAGAAGAGUCGUGUUGCUUUCCAACCUAUCUGCAUUAAAAUAGAAAACGAAUCGUCAGAUUCCGAAUGUUCAUCAAUGUCGUCGAGUCCAGCGUACUCUCUUCUCGAUUCACGAGAUGUGGACCGAAUUGCCGAUGGUGCUUUGUCUGAUUCAGAAGUUGAUAGGCAUAGAAAUACUCCGGAGCCCCAUGCGAGUGAUGUUACUGACUGGAAAUGGGGUCAACUUCCUGAGACCAGGGAGAAUAAGCUCAAACAAGAACAGGGCAAAACUGCAGAUACCCUGAAACCGAAGGGAGAAUCAUCAGGUUGGACGUGGUUUCCAUGGGGUCAUCGUUCGUCGCCUGCUCCUGCACCUCCUGCAGAGGAAGGCAUUUCAUUGGACGAAUUAUUCAGUGCAGAAGCUGCGUCAGAUCCUUCGAAAAUAGCCAAAUAUCUGGGGAAGGCGAGUAGUACAGCAGUCAGCAUCGACAGUGGUCACGCUUCUCGAGGGACAUCUCAGCCUUCUAGCCCUACUGCCCGUUCAGAUGAUUCAAACUUCGCAGAUAAAACUCCUACGCAGGAAGCUACACCGAUAGUAGAGCCUAGGGAUAGUUCUCGGACUCGUAAUGUGAGCGAUCAGCGAAGCGCUGUCAGUAGCGAUGACAUAUUCCCUUUGAGUGAAGACGAGUUGGAUGAACCUCGUCCAUCUUCUCGUCCUUCGUACAUGCUGUCACUUCGUCUCUCCUCCGAAAAACUCAAAAGUCUCGGCUUGGUUCAUGGAGCAAAUGAGUGUAGAUUCAGUAUUACAACUAAAUUCCAGGGCACAUCGUGGUGCAGCUGUAACAUAUAUCUUUAUAAGUGGUAUGAGCGCAUUGUGAUAUCUGACAUCGAUGGUACAAUCACAAAAAGUGAUGUGCUCGGUCACGUCAUCCCAGCCAUUGGUGGAACAUGGGCUCAUGCUGGAGUUGCUGAGUUAUACACUCGUAUCAAAAAUAAUGGGUACAAGAUGGUCUAUUUGUCAUCUCGAGCCAUUGGUCAAAGUCACACGACGAAGCAAUAUUUGAAGAGUAUUGCUCAGGACAGCAAGCAACUACCUGAUGGUCCGGUGCUGCUGUCACCCACAAGUGUUCUCGUUGCUUUCAGAAGGGAAGUGAUUGAGCGACGACCUGAGGAAUUCAAGAUAGCUGCUCUAACCGAUUUGAAAAAUCUCUUCCCUGUAAAGCAACCAUUCUUCGCUGGAUUUGGUAAUCGUGAAACGGAUGUAACGUCAUAUCGAGCGGUUGGUAUCAUGCCGGCGCGGAUUCUCAUCAUUGAUCCAUCUGGCCGUGUACGACGAUCAGACUCUGUUGGUUACGUAAGCAGUUACUCGUCAAUGGCCACAGAUACCGUCGACUAUUUGUUUCCACCCCUCACAAAAAAGUAA